AUGGAUUCAGUAUAUUCCCUCUCAAGAAUUGCUGAUAUUUUUUGUAAUGCAGUCGAUGCUAUUGAAGAAAGAGACAAGCAGUUUGUUUCGCUGCACAAAUCGAACUUCGUAUUGAAAGAGGAGAUUGCUGAGUUUUCUGGUGAGAAUAAAGAAGAAUCAAUACGCUACAUGAAUAGAUGUAUUGAUGAAUUGAAAACAAGAUAUCAAUCUUUGGAAAAGGAAAGAGAAUCCAUUUUAAGUGAAAAACGAAGAUUAUCUUCUUCCUUAAGUGAGGAAGCUACGAGUACAAUGGAAGUGGAAGAAAAUAAGCAUCGCGAAAAAAUGGAAGUAUUACAAAAGAAACGAACCGAGGUUGAAUCACAGUUGAAAGCUCUUCAUUCUCAAGUCGAGAAAUCAUCCUCUAACGUUCAGUCACUUCAUGCUCAAGCAGAAUUAGUACUGACAGGUUUGAACGAAGAUAGUAUUUUGGCUGAGCAACGAAAAAGUGAAUCCUUAAUGACGGAGCUCAAUUCACUCCGCGAAGAGACCGGCAAACUACGAGCAUCGUUGUCUGAUCAUCCGAUCGUUUCUCGUCUCGCUCUUGAUGAGACUGUAUUGCAUCUAAACAAAAGCAGGCAACGCUGUGAAGAACUGAGAAAGCGAAUCGCAGACCUUCGACAACCAGCUCCGCCUACCCCCACAGAAAGCAAGGAAGACUUGAAGAAACGAGUGGACUCGAAGCUGGGAGAUGAACGGAAGACACUGCGGAGACUCUAUUCGCUGGUUAAAAAGGUUAGUCCAUCGAUGCGCUCGGAAUGUUUAAUGCGGGUGGAAGAGAUUUGUGCAAGGAAUGCCACGCUCGUAUUUGACAAAGAAGCGCUGGAGAGACUCGCUCCGUUUGCGGAAGAGGAAGCUGUUAAACUCAUUCGUGAUUAUGUACAUUAUAGUUUUUCUGUUUGUUGA